UACAGCCCGGACAGCGUGGCCGGAGCCGACGGAGAGGUCGAUCCCACUGAAAUCACCUUCCCGGGAUGCUCGUGCCGCCGCAGAUCCUGCGCCGCUCCCAGCUGCUCCUGCCUGCGACGGGGGCACAGCUACAGCAGCCUGUGCCUCAGGCUGCCCCAGCAGCAGGAGCAGGGCUACUCCAGGCCCGUGUUUGAGUGCAACAGCCUGUGCCAGUGCAGCGAGUCCUGCCAGAACAGGGUGGUGCAGAGGGGUGUGCAGCUGCGGCUCGAGGUGUUCCCCACCGACAGGAAGGGCUGGGGCGUCCGCGCCCUGGAGCACAUCCCCCGGGGCAGGUUCGUGUGUGAGUAUGCUGGAGAGGUUCUGGGCUUCCAGGAGGCACAGAGGAGGAUUCUGGCCCAGACAGCAGAGGAUUCAAACUACCUGCUGGCAGUGAGGGAGCACCUGCACGACGGGAGGGUCCUGGAGACCUUCGUGGACCCCACGCGCGUGGGGAACGUGGGCAGGUUCCUCAACCACUCCUGUGAGCCAAACCUGCUGAUGGUGCCAGUUCGAGUUGACUCCAUGGUGCCCAGACUGGCACUCUUUGCAGCCACGGAUAUUUCUGCUGGAGAGGAGCUUUGCUUUGAUUAUUCUGGAAGGUUCCACAAUGUACCAGCGACUAGCAGAGAACACAAACCCUUGGAGGAAGAGAACAGGCUGAGAAAACCUUGUUACUGUGGGUCCCGCACAUGUGCUUCCUUCUUGCCUUGGGACAGCUCCCUCUUUUCCACACCAGGGAGUUCUCCAUAG